AUUCUCAUCCUUUCCGGGGUUAUUAGGCAAACUUGAAACAAGUACCUUAUUGUUAUAUCCAAAACUACAGGGUAGAAUUUCUGCAAUUGUUGAUAAACUUCGGGAGCCAAAAGGUUCCAAACAACAAUGGCGAUGUCCGUUGAGGUCGCCGGCGGUGGCGUAACGUUAUCGGAGCUCUAUCAGAGUUCCCGGCGGCUGUUACUCAAAACAAGAGAUGGCUUAGAGAGGCUCGAGCGUUUCGAAUACACCUCUUCUUCCUCCGUGUUGUCAUUGGGCGCCGCCGUGAACGAUCCUUCGGAGAAAGCAGUUGAGGAUUUGAGAAAAGAUAUCAGCCAGAUCCAGUUACUUUGCUCCGAAAUGGAACAUCUCUGGCAUUCCAUACCUGCUAAAUCUCAACGUGAUCUCUGGAAAAGGAAAGUGGAACAAGUGGCUGAAGAGGCUGACUCUUUGAAAGAUAGUCUGGAUAAAUAUAAUCUACGGCAUCAGAGACGCAUGCAAGAAGUCCGGGAGAGAACAGAAUUACUUGGAAGAGCUAGCGGUGAUUCAUCUCAUGUUUUGAGGAUUUUUGAUGACGAAGCUCAAGCAACGCAAUCUGCUCGUAGCUCAUCCAGAAUGCUUGAAGAAACCUUGGCAACAGGGACAGCUAUUCUUUCAAAAUAUAGUGAGCAAAGGGAUCGUCUAAAGCGAGCUCAACGGAAAGCAUUAGAUGUACUCAACACUGUGGGGCUAUCAAAUUCUGUAAUGAGACUUAUUGAGAAGAGAAAUCGUGUUGAUAGAUGGAUCAAAUAUGCUGGAAUGAUCUUAACAAUUAUAGUGCUGAUUUUCGUUUGGAGGUGGACAAGAUGAUAGUGCUUGAUAAUCGACUGAACCAUCAGGAUGAACUCUUAGUUAAAGAGUUGAGUUUUGAAAGGAUUGAAGAAAAGUCUACUCAAAUCCCAUUUAGAAGUUAGAACUCAUACACAAAUCUUGAUAAGCAUUGUAUUGCAAUUGGGGUUGAAUGGAACCUGUAAAUUGUAAAUGAGACCUUGAUAGAAAAUAUAAUAGUACUAUUUAUUUUAUUUUUUCCGGA